AAGUAUAUCCUAUUUUCCCCUCAAAUUUUCAGUCUUUCCUCAUCAUUUUAACAUUUCCACUAAAUUAGACGAUUGUCCGUUCAGGGUUUGUCUCCUCAUCGUCGAUAAUGAGGUGGGAAGAACUGCAGAUUCAGCCUACGGUAACGGGUGGGCCAGGGAAGAGGUGGGGUCACACCUGUAAUUCUGUUAAUGGAGGCAAGCUUCUCUAUGUCUUCGGCGGCUAUGGCCAAGAUAACCGUCAAACAAACCAAGUACACAUCUUUGAUACUGUUAGAAAUACUUGGAGUGAACCAGAGAUGAAAGGAGUUCCUCCACUGCCAAGGGAUAGUCAUAGCUGCACCACUGUUGGGCAUAACCUGCUUGUGUUUGGUGGUACAGAUGGAACAAGCCCUUUUAAUGACUUGCAUGUACUAGACACUUCCUCAAAUACUUGGAUCUUGCCAAGUGUAAGAGGUGAGGCACCUCGAGCACGGGAAGGACACAGUGCUUCAGUCGUCGGGAAUUGCCUUUUCAUCUUUGGUGGUAGUGGAAAGUCUGCUCAUACUUCUGAAGCUGAAUACUAUAAUGAUCUCUUCAUCUUGAAUACUGACACUUUUGUAUGGAAGUGUGCCCAAACAUCUGGCAUUCCACCAGUUAAACGGUGUACCCAUACUUGUUCAUCCUGGAAGAACAAAAUCAUUGUAAUUGGUGGUGAAGACUCCAAUGACUAUUAUCUCUCUGAUGUUCACAUUCUUGAUACAGAUACCCUUGUUUGGAAGAAACUAAGCACUUCAGGACAACCCUUUUCACCUCGAGCUGGACAUUCAACAGUUGCAUUUGGCAAGAACUUAUUUGUCUUUGGUGGUUUUGCGGAUGAGUCAAGCCUAUAUGAUGAUAUUUUCAUGCUUGAUAUUGAUACUGGUGUAUGGACCAAGCUGAUGGUUGCAGGUAGUGGACCUUCUGCCAGGUUUUCAUCUGCUGGAGACAUCAUAGAUCAAUCUAACAGUAGUAUUAUUGUACUUAUUGGUGGUUGCAACAAGAAUCUUGAAGCAUUGGGUGACAUGUAUUACAUGCAUACAGGGCUUGCAAACGAAGAAUGUGAAAGAAGGCUGGAGAAGUUAUCUUUGAGGAAGCAACUAAAGUUGAAGUGCCAGGAACAGAAUAUGCUUCUACCUUUUAUACAUGACAAAGCUUCAGUCAGAAUUGACACGCCUGUUACUCAUACACCAGAACCCUUGUCAAACUUUGCACAAUCAAACAGGUAUAAUGUGAACCCGAAUGCAUAUGAGCCCCUUCCUGGAAGAACGAUUUUUCAAGCCAGGGUCACCAAAAAUCUCCAAGUUGGAUAUACCAUUGAAACUAUUAUAAAUGGGAAGCUUCUUUGUGGAGUGUUAUUUUCUAACAAUCCAAGCACCAAUGCCGACAAAUAUAACCUUAAAAGAAAAAGGGUAGCAGCAGAAGAAGAUGGUGCUAAGCUUAACAAUGAUCAGAAGUCCAAUGUGGAAGCUAUCCCAACCCCCAUGCAUGAUUCAGUGCAGGAAAUGCAGGCCACUAAUAUUCACAGGCUUAAAAUGGAAGCCAGUUGUAUUACUGGUAUGAAGAGCCCAGAAUUUGAUGGUUCCCAACUCCAGCAGGCAGAAGACGCAGACUCGCAUUUCUUAAGUGAAAAGGAGAAACAGGAAGGAGCUGUUAACUAGUUUAAUCUUGAAGAAAUUAGCUAUGUUUCAUUUGUAAUUUUGAAGAGAACUGGUAGCAGUUGGUUACUUUUUAUUUUUGUUCCUUCAUGUUAUCUGAACUCAACUACCAAGCUAAUACAAAAGCUUGUUUUUCCA